AUGGGGAUGGGUAGAGUAAGGAGUAGGGUGGCCCUCGCGUGGUGUUGGAUCGCGGCAUUUGUGUGUGGUACUUCCAACGCCUUUGUACCACCGGUGUAUUCGCACGCCUUUGAGCGUCCGGAAAAGCACAAGGCCGCCUUUCGCAUCUCUAUGGUUCGAAACAUCGAUCUUCCGGAAUGCCUGGUCUUUUACGGAGUCGAAUCCUUUCGUACCAACGACGUUGGCUUGCGUAGUUUACUGGACGAAUGCGAACAGACUGGGACAGCAGUGGUCCUGAUUGGUAAUCAAGCGCAGUUUACAGCUCCCUUGCUGACACCCGUACAGUUCCGUGCGACAGUACACCCACCGCCAAACCCGUACGAUUUAUUGGUCGCCUUGGAAAGUGUAACGAUCCAGCCUCGCCCCUUUGGCGGUUCGGCGGGAUUUGGCCAAAAGCCGGCCGACCCGGAACGUACCCCGCUGCCCGCCCGCACAGUCGUUCUUUGUACGACACUAGACCAAACGCGUGCCGCCCGGGCCGUGGGAACACGUGUGGUGUGUUUGGAGGACAACGAUUUGGCGGACGCCGUAGUGGACGGCAUCGACUUUUGGUUGGACGACAUUGCCACCCCCGGAUCGUUUUGGUUGAAUCCUCCACACCCCAAAGACGACCAAGGGAACAAGGUCGAUCCGGAAUGGUUGGUAGAAAACUAUCUUCUACCUGAACAGCAUGAGUGUGCAGACAGGAUCGACAAUGGGAAAGAUAUAGACGAGGACGACAUGCGCCGGAUAUUGGCCGACCUGGCGCCUCUCCAGUGA